AAAAUGUCACCACUCUGUCAUUUUGGCGAAUUCAAACUAAUCAAAACUAAUAAUUAGCUUUGGUUUGUAAUAUUUUUAAGUAAAAAUGGCAGCUAGACUUAGCGAACAAUCAUAUAGAAACGAAGACCAAGUCACUUUUAAACAGAAAGUAAAAACAUUCCUAUACAAUCCAAAAGAGGGAACGGUUUGCCAACGAAAUUGUUCAGAUUGGAUAAAAUUACUAUUAUACAUAAUAGUAUUCACAGCCAUAAUUUUGAUAAUGACGUAUUUGAUAUUGCAUCACUACUACUCCAAUUUGAUGGAUGAGACUCAUCCUCACGAGGACAAAUUCACUACAUCCGAUAAAAUCGACCCUGGACUGUCCUUCUUCCCCAAUAUUAACGAAAUAUCUCCUAUUAUUUAUUACUCGGACAAAACAAGAAAGGCCUCCGACUACAUCGAUAGUAUAACAGAGAUUUUCGACGAGUACGAUCAGAAUUUCAAGCACAGAUCCAGAUCGGUGCGGUUCGUGAACUGCGAGCGACCAAAUUUUAAAGGUUUACGUACCCAAGAAUACUGUCUAUUCAACAGGGAUAGUCUGAUGAACUGCAGCACCUCCGAUUUCGGGUACAACGCGUAUCAACCCUGUUUCUAUCUCAAAAUCAACAAGUUGCCGACUUGGACUCCGGUGUAUUAUGACAAGAAACUUCCGACUAACAUGCCGAAAUCGUUGCAGAAACAUAUAAACGAACAUUCGCAGGAAAAGAUCAUUUGGGUGGACUGUGCGGGUAGAAGGACUUCGGACAUGGAGUAUCUGGGUGAGCUUGAGUAUUAUCCUUUUAGGGGAUUUUCCAGCUAUCAUUUCCCUCACAGAGCCACAGUCGAGUAUGUUUCCCCUUUGGUGGCAGUAAAAUUGCUUAAUGUAAGGAAAAAUGUGCUGGUUACCAUUGAGUGUUCGUUGUGGGCGAAGAAUUUUAAGUCGAAUAAGUUGAUAAUACAAGUGUACAUGGAAUAAGUGUAAUAAAAAAAGAACGGAUCAA